AUGCCACCCUCUCGAGAGACUGUCGAAUUCAAGGCGUGCGAUGGCACCGUGCUGCGAGGGUGGUUCUACCCCCAAGAAAAGCCGGCCCCAUGCAUCAUCAUGACCCAUGGAUUGGCCGGUAUACGCCAUUUCCGUCUCCCCCGGUUCGCGACCCGAUUUCACGAGGCCGGAUACACGGUUCUUCUGUAUGACAACCGCAACUGGGGAGAUAGCGACGGCACUCCCAGACAAGAGUCCAACCCCGCGCUGCAGCAGACCGAUUAUUAUGACGCCUUCAACUAUGCAUUGACAAAGGCCUGCGUCGACCCAAAGCAGAUUGUAUACUGGGGCACCAGCUUUUCCGGGGGCAACGUCAUAUACGCCGCAGCCGUUGACAAGCGUAUCAAAGCCGCUAUUGUUCAGGCGCCGGCUGUGUCUGGAGAGACGAGGUCGGUGGCCUUUGCCGACCAAAUCCCGUUCGUCUUUCAAGACCGAGCUCGAAUUGCAGCUGGAAAACAGCCGCGUCGCGUGCCCGUCAUCGCAUCUAGUCGCGAGGCCGCUGAAGAAGGAUCAGAAAACGUAAUGUUUCCCGGGACACAUGUUUACGACCAGAUCGAGGAGCAAUUGGCGUGUGGUGGUCAAUGGGAAAACUACGUCACGUCGCAAACGCAGCUCCAUAUGCUAGAAUUUGAGGCGCAAGCCAUGAUUCAUCGCAUAUCGCCCACUCCCCUACUCAUGGUUGUCCCCGGCAACGACGUUCUGGUCUCGACUUCGUCGCAGCUGGCGGCGUUUGGAAAGGCGCGGGAGCCGAAGCAGCUGGUAUAUUUGGAAGGCGUGGGCCAUUUUGACAUCUACACGGGCGAUGCUUUCGAUAGAAACAUCGACGCACAGCUUGAUUUUCUACGGCGCCAUCUUACCACGUAG